AUGGCUGCAAAGGGUUUCUUGUUCUUGCUCACAAUCACCACUGCUCUCCUCAUGUCCAGUUUCCAGGCCAGGGAACUCCCAUUCCCACAGGCGCCUGAUCACAAUCCCACGCCUGAACUCCAAGGCUCGGCCCUGGAUUGCUUGACUGCACUCUACAAAAUCAGGUCUUGCUCCAACGAGAUCAUUGCUUACUUCUCCAACGGGACCAUCGACAUAACUCCACCAUGUUGCCAGGCCAUCACUCUGAUAACGCACAGCUGCUGGCCCGCUGUCCUGAGCAUCCUCGGCUACAGCCCCGACCAGGCCAGCAUUUUGAGGGGCUACUGCGACGCCGUCGCCUCUGAGGUUGCCCAAUUCGGGCCCGUUCCGAGCCCGUUAGGACAGCCUUUGUGA